UCUUUACUAAUCAUUGAUGGAGUUGAAUUAUUUUAUGAUAUUUAAAUGUAAUUUUCUUAUACUAUAAACAGAGGCGAAUCUAGACAACAUAUGGGUGUACUAUUGAUGACAAAAAUAAAAAUGCUUAGGACACGAAUUGAACUUGGGAAAAUGAGAGUGCACAAGCUGUCUUUUACCAUCUAAGCUAACAAAAUCUGACAAAAUUUAGUCAUAAAAAGUUGCAUAUCAAUAUAAUUAUGGGUGCACAUGCCCCCACACUUUAUAACUUGGCUUCGCCCCCGUCACUUGCCAGGUAAGAAAGUCGAUGAAGGAGACGGCGCCACGUCCUGACACAUAAAGUUUUGUGUUUCAUGAAUCUUCGCGUGACGGCUUCUAUCGUUUGGUGGGUGAUUGAGCUUUGAUAUUGGUAAGUUUCCGGCCCGAUUAAAGAGAUGUGACUCUCUGGAAUCGAAAAGGUCUUCUUCUCUCCUCUUCACGCGACGGCGAUUGAUGCCUUUUGCGAUUCUUAUCACCAUUUUGAACGGCCUGCAUAAAGGCUUCGUGAUUAAUCACAUUGAUUCGCUCGCCCACUACGUCGUCAUCAAUGAUUCGUUUUGAUCUGAUAAGCAGUGAUUUCUGUAUAAAUAUGUGUGAGUAGUCGGUUACUUGAGUUUCAGAGAUCGGUUGUGAUGAGGUGGCUGAUGCAGUUUGUUGGGUUUAGGGAAAGGCUUUUGGCUGAUGAUCUCUUCUUGGCUAAACUUGCCAUGGAAUGUGGUGUUGGUUUCUUCACUAAGGUGUCUGCCUUUUCUUUCUUAUCCACUUCAUUAGAAAUUUUGGAACAUUUUGGCGAUUUCUUAGCGUUUCUAGAGAAGUUCAUCGAGAAAGUGUUUGAAUGGUUCAGGCCAAUGUAAUCAAUUAGAAUUGUUGUCUUAUUUUAGCUAAUAUGUAUUGUUUUUUUUUGUCUCUAUAGACUGCUGCUGAGUAUGAACGGCGUAGAGGAAACUUCUUCAAUGAACUUGAAGUUGUCUUUGCCCAUGUGGUAGUCAUUCUUCUCUGCUUCUUUUUUUACUGGUGUUGCUUCUGCUGGUCCAUGUCUGAUCGCAGGAAUGAUCUAAAUCUUACUAUUAGGAAUUGUGUUAUUGUUAGAAGGUAGGGAAGGUUGAGAAAAUUUGAUCUUUUAUAUGACUCAUUCAGAUAGACGAAAGGUUGGGUAGUUUGUGGUUGUGACUUGUGUCUGAUGGGGUCUUCAAUUUUUCACCAUUAGUUUUUUGCAUGAAUAGUCUAUGGGCAAGUAGUUGGUUGUUUCUUUAAAUUAUGGAACUUUUGCUUCAAACGUUAUAUUCUAUAGAUCGAAAAGUCACAGAUUCUUUUGUUAUUUUCUCUUAUUGUAAUAGAUAAUUGUAUUUAUAAUGUCUGUAUUUUUUUUAAAGGAUGCAGUCCACGCUGAUGAUGUAAAAAGUAUGGAGAACAGAACAUGACCAGGAUGUCCUGAGGACAUGAUCAACGGGUAUUUGUGUCAUUCACACUAUUCUGAGCUCCAGGACAUGAUCAACGAGGUUGAUGCUGAUGGAAACGGAACCAUCGACUUUUCCGACUUCCUGAACCUUAUGGCUAAGAAGAUGAAGGACACUGACUCAAAGGAAGAGCUAAAAGAAGCAUUUAGGGUUUUCGACAAAGACCAGAACGGUUUCAUCUCCGCUGCUGAGCUAUGCCAUGUGAUGACCAAUCUCGGUGAGAAGCUGACUGAUGAGGAAGUCGAAGAGAUAGUCCGUGAGGCUGAUGUUGAUGGAGAUGGUCAGAAAAACUAUGAAGAGUUUGUCAAAAUUAUGAUGGCUAAGUGAUGGAUGAUGAUGAUGACCUUUUUCUAAUGCCUCUUAAGACAUUCGCAUGAUUUGUUUAGAUAUUGGCUAUAAUAAAUAGACAGGGAUUUGAGGCAGAACAAUGUUUGCUCUUUGGUUUAUGAUUUUAUGGUAUGGAAAACAAUUGUAUUGGUUUGAGAA